GAGAGAGUUCAGGUCACAGGAUGCAUCUGUAGUCUGGCUGUACUCUGGAGUGAUUUCAUGAAGCCUCUCUGAAAUGAGGAUCCACGGGAGUCUCAACAUGGGAAGGUUCUCUGUCAAGGUUAAAGUCUGUGUUUUAAUUUCUUGGGCUCUGACGUUGGCCUGCAGCGCUGCAGAGCAGGACUUCUUCACUCAGUCGAAGCCCCUCACCUGGGACGAGGCCAGGGAACACUGCCAGGAGUGUUUCAAAGAUCUGGUGACGCUGACUCCUGAAAACAUCCAAGCCAUCGCCAAGAAGCUCACCUCUGAGCACUGGGUCGGCCUCCGCAAGAACCCCCACUCCUCCGGCAACUCCAGUGUGCUCUGGUCCCACUGGGCCAACGGGGAUCCCCUCACCUUUCAGAACUGGUACCCCGGCUGGCCCGUGGUCAACUCCACCAGAGGCUGCUGCAGCUGCUCCUGCUCCUGCCCGGCAAUGACCAACUCCACCGGGUUCACAGAAUUAGGAACAGCAAAUGUGACGAGCUUUAGCGGGCCGGGAGGAUUCACAACCGAAGACGUGACAAGUUCUGGUAGACUGACAAACACCUCAGUAUCCACCGCGGCCGCGCCCAUGACGACCAGGCUGCCGUCAGUGGAAGCAGCAUGUGGGCAGUCGCUGGUUGACACUGAUGAGAGGUAUAUUGAAGACUCCUGUGUGGCCAUGCUCAGCUUUGGGGCCUGGGUGGAAAAGACCUGUUCGGAACACCUGCCUUUUAUAUGCUAUGAAGAACGUUUCUUAAGCAAAGCCAGCGUGACCAACGUGACUACCAGCAGCGCCGGCCUCACAUGGAGGCCCGGCCCUAACGUCAGCGAUUACCGCUUGGAGGUCAGGGGCGACAAAAACCUGACGGAAAAUCUGACUGAUUUGGCCUAUGACCUCGUCAACCUGACGGCGGGCACCAAAUACUCAGUCCAGGUGGUCCCCGUGAAGUGUGACAGAGACCUCCACUCGCAGAAGGUCAUGUUCUACACCACACCCCGCAAAGUUGAAAACCUCACAGUCGCCAAGGUGACAGAAACGUCUGUCUCCCUGAGCUGGAGCAAACCAGCCGGAAACGUGCAUUUCUAUCUUAUUGAGGUCCAGGAUCGGCACUUCAGAAGCCUCACAGAGGGCAUCGAGGUCGGCAGGUUGACGCCUGGAAACCUUUACGCCUUCACCAUCCUCUCAGGAGUUGAGAACAACUUGAGUGAAGGAUCCGUCAUCACAGCAUACACCAAGCCCGGGAGAGUGUCCGACCUGACGGCGUCUGAUUUUACAACCAGCUCUCUGAAGCUGAACUGGCUGCCGCCCGAAGGAAACACCACAGGCUUCAGGGUGGCGGCUAUGAACGACAGUGAUGAAGUAUUGUUUGAUGAAGUGGUGAACCGAACAAAAGUGCGUGUAGCGCGUCUGCCGAUGGCCACCAGGAUAACCUGCAGCGUGACGGCGCUGGCCAACGGCACUCUGGAGGGAGACAACGUGACCGUGGUCAGCUACACUGCUCCUGGACCGAUUUCAAACCUGACUUUGACCACGACGCAUGACUCCCUCAAUGCCACCUGGAGCCCCAACCACAACCCUAAACCUGACGGUAAUUUAACAUUUUUCACCAUCGAGCUCCAGCUGGGUGGCAAAAUUGUAGAAACAGCAGACAAGCUAGCAGAGCCGAAGAAGCACUUUGAUGGACUGAAGUCUUCAGCCAAUUACACGGUGAUCGUCUACAUGGUUAACGGACAUCUCAAAGGCCCGCCGGUGGAGAGCUCCAGCUUCACCUUGCCUUCGAUGCCCACUGACGGCACAGUCAUCUCCUUUGGUAAAAAAUACAUCACGCUGCAGUGGGAGGCCCCUGCCAACACCGCAGCAGUCAACUACUCUGUCAAAAUCAGCUCCAGCUUCUGGGGCCACAGCAGCUCUGUCUUAGUGGAUAACAGAACCAACCACACGUUCCGUGGCUUGGUGUCUGGGACCAGGUACGAGUUUGAGGUGCGGACAGAGGUGAACGGCAUGUCGAGUCCUCCAUUAAAUGUGUCACAUUUCACAGCUGCAGAGAAAAGGGAAGUCAGUCUGUCCAUGUUGUGCUCUUCGGCAGAACCUCUCCUCUGUGAAAAAAACACCACAAGGGAACAUAUAUUUAUUCAGUUGCAGGACCAUUUCAAAGAGCUGCUGAGAGAUGGUAUUUUCUGGGAGCUCAAGGAACAAGAAACUGAAAACUAAAGAAGAGAAACACUUUUUUAAGAAUUUGAUUGAAUUUGAUUAGAAUUGGUGAAGGUGUUUUAGACAGAUCUCUGUCUUGGUUUUUUUUGGAAACGUUAUAACGUGAAAAGCUUUUGCAUCGCACUGCUAGUCAGUUAAAUCACAAGAAUUAAGAAAUUAUAGUUUGGUGUUUUGUGAUUUUAAAUCUGGUUUUGAUUCUUGUAAUGUGCACUCACAGUCAGUCUUUAGUAUUCGGAAUUUUCAUGAUCUAAAAGUGCAAAAUCUAUGGCCCAUUUCCAAGUCAUGAUUAAAAUAAUAAUGAAUCCAAAUUAUUAUCAUAAAUUAUUAUGAAACUCAGAUAAAAUUAUGACAUAAUUAAUUAAAAUUUCAUUUAUUUUUAGUCUUGUCUUCCAAAAAGUUUUCCCAGCUGCUCAUCACAGCGACCUUAUUUAAAGCCUUUACUGAAUAGAAUAUGUGUGCAUGAAUAUGUACUGAUAACAAUGUCUGUGCAAGGUGAACUCCAACUUUAGUGCUUCCUCCGUGCACUUUGUUGCAAAUAAGACAAUAUGUGUAAUCAACUAUGGUUAAAUAAAUAAUAGCAGUGCAUACUCCUCCUCUUUUAUUUAUUUAUUUUUUGUUCCAAUUUGAUCCAUUAGAACAGAUAUUAGGGAACAAGUAGCACAUUCAACUCUCAGCUUCAGCGAGCUUCAAUUCACAAGAAGAGCAGAACACAUGCAAAACAGGGAAGUCGCACACUCGUCCCAUUUCCAACAGUUAAAGGCACAUUUUUGCAUCUUUUAUGCACAACAAACAAACCUGACUACAGACGAAAGUGCGAAUCACCUUGACCUGAUGGCUUUGUUUGAUAAUGAGAAGAUAAUCAACAGAUAGGCAGCAGAUAGAUGAGAUCAGUUCAGCAGAUAAACUGACGACAAAGCUGUCGCAGGAGGUUUGGGCUGUUCAUCAGCACACAAAACACCUCCAGGGGCCCAAGAUGGUGCUGUUAUAAAUAGUGACUGCGCAUGCUGCUGGUACUCUGCGCACCCUGCCAGCUUCCUCUGUUGAACUUUAUUUUAGAGAGAACGUCUGUAAUAUGAGGAAGGGGCGGAGUGGUCGCACCCCGU